UUUUAUACUUCAACUGACAAAGAAAUUAUUUUCUAAUUCGUUGGCUAACUAAAAUAGUUGGCCAAAUGUUUGUUAAGCGCUGUUUUAGACUAAAUAUCCACCAUAGUAGAUAGUACGCUAGUUGUAGGCUAGUUGAAAUGAUAAUGACGGUAAUAACAACGUAUUGGUUGAUGAGUGCUGUGAAGGACAACAAUAAGUCAAACUACAUCAGCCCGCAAGAAUAUCUAUAUAAACAUACAAAAGACCGUUAAUAGGCUGGUCAAAUAUAACGGGGCACCUACACAGAAGUCACGGGACCCCACUUCUUAUCAACUGUAUCGUGCGCGGAUGGGAUUUCAAUGGGAACUGUUUUUGUCCGAUAGAAGUUCCACAGCCCAGGCUUUUUUCGUAAUUAGCCUGUCCAGAAAGGCGCAUCCACUGAAAUAUCAGGACGUCUGUUAUAAAGUUCGUUUAGGCUACAUCAUGUAAUUGUUGGUCUCUAGCAAACAAAAUCGACGGAGUCAACAGGUUUUUAACGGGCUCUUUGAGCGAGCCUGUCAUGUCUGAAGGAGAACACGCAAAUUGGUUUAAUGAGCCAAAUUAAAGAACAUUGUCCAAAAUGUUUUCUGAAUUGGCUGACUUGAAUUACAGCUUUAAUGUGAGUGAAGAGGACUCCUUCCUGGACCACUGGAACGCAACUUCCCACACACUUCCCCGUGUGGGAUUCAUCGUCAUUUCAGUGAUACUGGGGUUUAUUAUGACCUUCGGGUUCAUCAACAACUUUGUAGUGUUGAUCCUUUUCUGCAAGUUCAAGACGCUGCGGACCCCAGUGAAUAUGCUUCUCUUGAAUAUCAGUAUUAGUGACAUGUUGGUUUGCCUUUGCGGGACUACCCUCAGCUUUGCGUCCAGCAUCAGGGGAAGAUGGUUUCUCGGGAAACACGGCUGUAGUUGGUACGGCUUCAUCAACUCGUGUUUUGGUAUUGUGUCUCUGAUAUCACUGGUGGUGCUCUCUUACGACCGGUACAGCACAUUAACACUCUACCACAAACGGGGGGCCAACUACCGCCAACCGCUGCUGGCCAUCGGAGGGAUCUGGCUCUACUCGCUCUUCUGGACCGUGAUGCCUUUACUCGGCUGGAGUAGCUACGGUCUUGAGGGAGCAGGGACCAGCUGUUCUGUGUCGUGGGCGCUGCGGACGUACGAGUCGCAUUCUUACAUCAUCUGUCUCUUCAUCUUCUGUCUCGGGUUGCCCGUGCUGGUCAUGGUUUACUGCUACAGCAGGCUGCUGCACACUGUCAAGCAGGUGGGGAAAAUCCGACGGACUGCCGCCAGAAAGCGGGAGUACCACGUGCUCUUCAUGGUGCUCACCUCGGUGGUGUGCUAUCUCCUGUGCUGGAUGCCUUAUGGAGUGGUGGCCAUGAUGGCCACGUUCGGGCAGCCUGGCCUCAUCACACCCGUCGCUAGUGUGGUCCCCUCACUCCUGGCCAAGAGCAGCACCGUCAUCAACCCUCUGAUCUACAUACUCAUGAACAAGCAGUUCAAAAGGUGUUUCCUGAUCCUGAUUGGCUGCCAGCGGAGACAGGCGGAGAAUGGUCAGUCGUCCAUGCCCUCCAAGACCACGGUCAUCCACCUCAACCGCCGCAUCUACAGCAAGACGGUGCCCCAAAUCUCGGUCCACGGGCCGUCCACCAGCCUGCCCAAUCACUGCAGCAGCACGCCGGCGACAGAGAGGAGUCACUCACACAUCGACAUUUCCUGAACACUUCCAUAGCACCAUGUCUCCUUUCGUGGAUGGAGAGUGAACACUGGUUCAUGAAGACCAAACAGACAUUUACCGUCACUCGCUCCCCACUGAACCAAGCUUUUGCUGAAGAAACGGAAAAUCCCGCUUCUCACAGAAUCAGAACUCAUGCAGCAUUCCAUGACAGCUCUCUUAAAUAAGAGGGCUCAUUUUUGUCAUCUCAGAACCGAACUGGGAAGACUGAGUGGUAGUGAUGUGGUUGUGGUUGGCUGCAGGCG